AUGGUUACCGCUGUCAUCCUCACGCAUCCUCCCAGCCAGGCCGAGAAGAACAAGGUACUCUCGCCACAUGUCCAAGUGCAGAUCAGCGGUCAAGAGUCCGGCGCCAACUUCUUCGCCAUGGCCGUGCUCCUGGACCCGAGGUCAAGUGCCGUGGCCGGUGGCCUGCUCACUGAACCCACGACGGGGGGGGUUUCGCAGAAUGACGGGUCCACCAUGAUCUUUACCUUUUCCAACUCGUCCAUUAUCGCCGCUGGCACGUACAAGAUGCGCCUGGACAUCUACAGUGUCAAUGACACCGACGGUGCCAAGUUGGAGACCCAGCUCGAGGCGGGCCAGAUUUCCGUCACUAAUUAG